UGUCACUUCCGCUACCGCGAUGGCGGCACAGGGAGCUGCUGCGGCGGUUGCAGCAGCGACUUCGGGGGUCGUUGGGGAGAGCGAGCCCGGGCCCGGGGAGAAUGCGGCGGUCGAGGGGACUGCCCCAUCCCCGGGCCGCGUCUCUCCGCCAACGCCGGCGCGCGGCGAGCCAGAAGUCACAGUGGAGAUCGGAGAAACGUACCUGUGCCGGCGGCCAGAUAGCACCUGGCAUUCUGCAGAAGUGAUCCAGUCUCGAGUGAAUGACCAGGAGGGCCGAGAGGAAUUCUAUGUACACUAUGUGGGCUUUAACAGGCGACUGGACGAAUGGGUAGAUAAGAACCGUCUGGCACUAACCAAGACCGUGAAGGAUGCUGUACAGAAGAAUUCAGAGAAGUACCUGAGUGAGCUGGCCGAGCAGCCUGAGCGCAAGAUAACUCGCAAUCAAAAGCGCAAGCAUGAUGAGAUCAACCAUGUGCAGAAGACUUAUGCAGAGAUGGACCCUACAACAGCAGCCUUGGAGAAGGAGCAUGAGGCGAUCACCAAGGUGAAGUAUGUGGACAAGAUCCACAUUGGGAACUACGAAAUUGAUGCUUGGUACUUCUCGCCAUUCCCUGAGGACUACGGGAAACAGCCCAAACUCUGGCUCUGCGAGUACUGCCUCAAGUACAUGAAAUAUGAGAAGAGCUAUCGCUUCCACUUGGGCCAGUGCCAGUGGCGGCAGCCCCCAGGGAAAGAGAUUUAUCGCAAGAGCAAUAUUUCUGUAUAUGAAGUAGAUGGCAAAGACCAUAAGAUUUAUUGUCAGAACCUGUGUCUACUGGCCAAACUUUUCCUGGACCACAAGACAUUGUACUUCGAUGUGGAGCCUUUCGUCUUUUACAUCUUGACUGAAGUGGACAGGCAAGGAGCUCACAUCGUUGGCUACUUCUCCAAGGAGAAGGAGUCUCCAGAUGGAAACAAUGUGGCCUGCAUCCUGACCCUGCCCCCCUACCAGCGCCGUGGCUAUGGGAAGUUUCUCAUUGCUUUCAGUUAUGAGCUAUCGAAGCUAGAGAGCACAGUAGGGUCCCCAGAGAAGCCGCUGUCCGACCUGGGCAAACUCAGCUAUCGCAGCUAUUGGUCAUGGGUCCUGCUAGAGAUCCUGCGAGACUUCCGGGGCACACUGUCCAUCAAGGACCUUAGCCAGAUGACCAGUAUCACCCAGAAUGACAUCAUCAGCACUCUACAGUCCCUCAACAUGGUCAAGUACUGGAAAGGCCAGCACGUGAUCUGCGUCACACCCAAGCUGGUAGAGGAACAUCUCAAAAGUGCCCAGUAUAAGAAACCACCCAUCACAGUGGACUCUGUCUGCCUCAAAUGGGCCCCCCCAAAGCACAAGCAAGUUAAACUCUCCAAGAAGUAAGCAGCCUGUGCCCCUGCUGCUGGACCUGUGCCUCCUUGCCCCUAGCCUGUAAAUAUGUAUAGACCUGUCUUGUCAAUUUUUAAUAAAGUAAAUUCUGCUGGUG